AUAGAUCCCAAACGUAGCUCGCUUUAGCUCUAAACACACAUUCCAACGAUUAGCAAAAAACAGCAGUAGCAAUCGACACGAGGAUUUUUUUUGCUCCAUUCAGAACGUUGUGCCGGAACGAUAAAAGAGCCAGGCAGCCAGGCAGCAGUGAGAGGAUGGAGCAGAGGGCUAGCUGCUGGUGUGUGUUACUGAGCUGUCUCCUUUACACCACCUCCGCUCACAAUGACUUCUUCACCUCCAUUGGCCAGAUGACAGACCUGUUGUUCACAGAGAAAGACCUGGUAAUUUCUCUGAAGGACUACAUCAGAGCAGAGGAGAGCAAGCUAGAGCGAGUCAAAAAGUGGGCCGAGAGGCUGGACGCCCUGACCUCCACAGCCACCCAGGACCCCGAGGGCUUCCUGGGUCACCCUGUGAAUGCCUUCAAGCUGAUGAAGAGACUCAACACUGAGUGGGGAGAGCUGGAGAACCUGGUCCUCACAGACAUGUCGGACGGUUUUAUCUCCAACCUGACCAUUCAGAGGCAGCACUUCCCAAACGAUGACGACCAGACUGGUGCUGCCAAGGCCCUGAUGAGGCUGCAGGACACCUACAAGCUGGACACCCACACCAUCUCCACCGGGGAGCUGCCAGGCACCUCCCCAGGGGUGGCCUUCCAGAGCACCAUGACCGUGGAGGACUGCUACGAGCUGGGAAAGAUCGCCUACUCUGACGCCGACUACUACCACACCGAGCUGUGGAUGGCCCAGGCGCUGAGCCAGCUGGACCAGGGGGAGGGCAGCCUCAUCGACGCCGUCACCAUCCUGGACUACCUCAGCUACUCCAUCUACCAGCAGGGGGAGCUGGAGAGAGCCCUGGAGUACACCAAGAGGCUGCUCGCCCUGGACCCAGCCCACCAGCGAGCCAACGGCAACCUGAAGUAUUUUGAGUACCAGCUGGCUAAGCAGAGGAAGGCGGAGGAGGAGGAGGGCGGGAAGAAAGAGAGCAAAGACCAGGGGAAGGAGAAGGAGGCAGACUACUUGCCUGAGAGGAGGAAGUAUGAGAAGCUGUGUCGCGGAGAGGGCAUCACGAUGACCCCUCGCAGACAGAAGCGCAUGUUCUGUCGUUACUUUGACAACAACCGACACCCGAUGUACGUGAUUGGUCCAGUGAAGCAGGAAGAUGAGUGGGACCGCCCCCGCAUUGUACGCUACCACGAUAUCAUGUCCAACGAGGAGAUCGAGAAGGUCAAGGAGCUGGCCAAACCUCGGCUGCGUCGAGCCACUAUCUCCAACCCUGUCACUGGUGUGCUGGAGACCGCUCACUAUCGCAUCAGCAAGAGGCGAGCCACCGUGCAUGACCCCCAGACAGGGAAACUGACCACCGCCCAUUACAGAGUCUCCAAGAGUGCGUGGCUGGCGUCGUAUGAACAUACCGUGGUGGACAAGAUCAACCAGCGGAUCGAAGACAUCACAGGUCUGGAUGUGAAGACGGCAGAGGAGCUGCAGGUGGCAAAUUAUGGUGUAGGAGGGCAGUAUGAACCUCACUUUGACUUUGGACGGAAAGAUGAACCCGAUGCUUUUAAAGAGCUGGGGACUGGUAACCGCAUCGCCACCUGGCUCAUAUACAUGAGUGACGUGCCAUCAGGGGGCGCCACUGUCUUCACUGACGUAGGGGCGGCAGUAGUGCCCAAAAAGGGCACGGCGGUGUUCUGGUACAACCUGUUUCCCAGUGGGGAGGGGGACUACAGCACCAGACAUGCAGCAUGCCCAGUCCUGGUGGGCAACAAGUGGGUGUCUAAUAAGUGGAUUCACGAGCGAGGCCAGGAGUUCCGAAGACGUUGCAGCCUGGAUGAGACAGACUGAUGGACAAAAUGAACACCUCUCUUCCUCCUCAGAGCUCCAGAGACUGUAUCUGUCGACUUGACAGCGUGGAACAGCCUUCCUCUCCUUACACUCCCUCUCCUUCCCUCCCUCCCUCCAUCCUCCUGUCCCACCCCUCUGCUCUCUCUCUCUCUCAGUGGGGAGCUGGGCCUCUGGCUGCUCAUGUGGUCUGACACAUUUAUUUUUAUCUGAAGUGUGUGUUGUGAACGUGUGAGUGUAUGAUGUUUGUGCGCGUGUGACCAGAGUGGAUUGUAGUCUGUGCCUUUCAUGAUGGGUUUUGCACACUCUUGACUGCAGCUGUCUUACCCGUAGUAACUGUUCUAUCUUUACUGUCCACUUACAUCACCUGGUAUCUAUAUUAGCCAUAGACCCACCCAGGAACAAUACUGCCUCUCCGCUCUGAACCUGUGGAAGAGAGAUCACGGGCCGGUCGUCAUUUUGCACAGGUGCUGUCCUUCCCUUCUCCUCCCCUCUGUACCAACAUCCACAACACUCCUCUUUCACUCCCUUUGUUCCCUUUUCACUCCUGUCAGUCCCAUGCCUACCAUCCUCCUGCUAUCCUAUGAAACAACACCGGCAUGGCCCAUAUAAACCCCCUAUCCUCCAGACUCCACACAUUCAUGGUUUGGAUUCAGGCUAGGUGUCUAUGGACAUGUAGAAGUCUUGUUCAUAAGGUAGCCAUUCCGACUGGAGCUCGUGGAUAUGGAGAAGCUAGUCGUACUGACUGUCAGACAUGGCUGCAGCAUGUGGAGUGUUCAUGUGAUUGGUAACAAGAGUUUAGGUCUGUAGACCUAAGUUUAGGUCUAACUCAUUAGGCGAUUGCGAUUAGGCUUGUCUGAUUCGCUGCGCAUGAACCGUACAGGUGACUGGGACUGUCGCUCUGUCUGUCACAUCUUUGGGGGGACCUUUGGUUUUCCCUCCAGUCUUGUUCUCCCCUCCCAUACUCUCCUCCCUCAUCUCUCCCUCCUCCCUGAAUCGCUGUCCAGACUCUCAUUGGCCUUUUUCCCCAAGCCCCUUUCUCAGCCUUGUGCCGCUGCCCCCUCUCUUCACCAAUAGCGUGUGUUGGCCCGGGGUCUAUUUCAGCCCAGAGGUCGAAGUACACCGUCCUGUCAUUGUAUGCCCCCCCCUCCCAUUUCUCUCUUUCAACCUUUCACUUUAUAUCACUCACUCCCCCUUCCUGUCCUCUUUCCUGUCCACUACCACCUCCUCCUUUGUGCCCUGGUCAAAUACAGCAGACAAGUGAACCUGAAGUGCAUGCAGAGGACGAUCCCAAGUUCACUCCUGAUUGGUGAUCAAUGAUUAUGAUGUAAGGAAGAAUCCUCCCUUCGGCGCUGGAAUGAAAGAGACUAGAAUGAUCACUUGAGGCUCCAUCCAGCUUCCUACUCCUUCAGUCAGUCACUUUGUUCCUGCCACUUGUCUCAGCCCAGGCCUUCCUGCCUGUAAUGGUGUGUAUAAGGAGUGUUGCUGUGUUUCAUCCUAGAUGCAGUCUUUUAUUUGUUAUGAAAUGUGUGAGAAAUCUUGUUCCGUGCGAGUGAUCAAUGAAUGUUUUCUACAGAAAUACAUUUUAUGUUAAAGA